AUGCCACUCCGCGUUAUGACUUACGGAGUUGUUCUGUGUUUGGCCGCACUGAUUCCGAAAAAAAAGCAUCUUUUCAAAGUGGUUGUGGAGUUGAGUGGAAAUCGGAUAGAAGACACGAGUUUGGCGAUGCGCAGCAGGUUCUACCGGGAUUUUUCUCGUAUCAAGCAAGACCAAGAAGUACUACGAAAAAACGGCGAGUCAGAAGAAUUUUUUUUUACUUUGAAGUUUGAUUUGAAUUUUUUGUCUCAAAUCUUGGAAUACGAACCUUCUCCACUAAAGUUCCCUAAACAUUUUUUUCACCGCAUUUUUCUACUCAAAAACGGCAGAGUUACCUUUUGAGAUUUUUUUCGUAUUGUUUCCAAAACUGUUUUUCACUCAAACAAAAGAAAAAAAUGAGAAAAAUCGAUAUAAUAAAUCUGCACAAAUAUUCUUUUUUUGACCAAAACCUUGCACCAAAAUUGCUACGAUCAACUUUGGAGUUGGAGGUGCAAGUUCCUAGAUUUGAAAAAGAGUCAUGAGUUCGAAGCGCUAAAAAGUUCGAAAAAAACGUCCAAAAUACUCGGUAACUCGAAGUUGAGUAAAUUGAGACUGAAAGUUUCGAAACUGCGUCGAGAGAUUGGGACUAUAAAGCGCGAAAAAUCAACACUGAGCACCAAGUUGAGCCAAGAGAAAGCUCUUUCCAAAAAUCUUCGCGAGCGGUUGCGAAAAGCUGAUUCGGCCUUAAAUGAAGCGAAGCAAGAACUGGCUGAUCAAAAGGCUGGGAAAGCUGAGCUAAUGAUCCGAGGUUGUUUCAGCAACAAGUGCAGAGGGGCGAUCCUUGAGCUCAUAAAUCUUGGAACUGCUGAUGCUAAGAUUGGUAAGGUGAUGGAGAUAGUUGGUAACAUGGUGGAUUUGAAAUUCAACAACUUACCGUCCGCUUCCACAUGUCGCUUGCUAGCUUUAUCAUCUAUCAAUCUUGCUAAGCGUCAUGUGAGAACAGUUUGCGAUGAAGUGAAAAAGAACGAUGAACCGCUUUGUCUCCAUUCCGAUGAGACCACCAAGAACAAGUCAAAGGUGCAAAUGUUUGGGGUGUCAAGACCUGACGGUGGAUCUUUGAUUCUGGGAAUUGAGCAAGUGGUGGAGAAGUCCGCCAUCACUGCAUUCAAGGCACUUGCAAACCAGUUCAAGACCCCAGGCGCCCCAAAGGACUGUUUUGAUCAGUUCAUUGCCCAAGUGACUUGCACGAUGUCUGAUAAGGCUGCCACGCAGCUGAAGUUCAACGAGUUAGUUGAACACUAUCGUGCAACAGUUAUUCCAGCCGUGGUGAGCGGUUGGAGUGACAGGUCUUUCGAAGAGCAGCAAAGGCUCAUGACUUUUUCAAACUUUUUCUGCCAGCUUCAUGUGAUUGCGAAUUUUGCUCGUGUUGCUCUUGAUGGUCUUUCAGAGCACGAAGUUCUUGCCUCCGGGAAGAGCAAAGUCGACGAACCAGCGGUGCUGCGACUGGUGAAGGAAGUGGCUCGACUCUUCGGCGAUCGCUCCGCCGGCCUGCACGCUUGUUCCGUUUUUCUUUCCCAUCUUUUCUUGGCCAUCGCUUCAAUAUUUUGUUUGUUCUGGCUGCUCGUAUUUUCUACCAUCGCCAACACUUGCAAAAAUUUAUAAGCGAGUUCGUUUCCGAAAAGACCGAAAUGGUAGUUAUUUCGGAGCUUCUCGAAGACGAGCUUGCCACUUCUCAUCUUCAAGUGUUGGGGCUCCUCGACCAACUGGUCACAGGUCCUCUCUGGCGUUUGGCGGAAAAUUCUAGCCACAUUUUCGACACUUGCGGUUACGCAAGUCGUCUGAAAUGCUGGUUAGAAGCGUGUUCGGGGUCUCCGGUGACUUUUUUCGAUGGUGACUCACCAGUUGCUUCUCUUGAGUUGGAAGCUCCGGGUGGAGAAACUUCAGCUCGCCUUUUGGAGAGCCUCGUUUCUCAGUCUCCAUCGGAAACAGCUCUGGAGGCUACAUCAAUAA